AUUUAUUUUUCUUUUCAUAGGAAGUAUCUUCUUUAUUUUAUUACACAUAAAUUAUCACAAUAAAUUAUCACAAUAAUGUCUAUUAAGUUAAAUUCCGGAUAUGAAAUGCCAAUCGUUGGCUUUGGUUGUUGGAAAGUUUCCAAGGAUACCUGUGCCGAACAAAUUUACAAUGCAGUAAAGGUUGGUUAUAGAUUAUUUGAUGGUGCUAUGGAUUACGGCAAUGAAAAGGAAGUCGGUCAAGGUCUUAGAAAGGCCAUUGAAGAUGGUUUGGUUACCAGAAAGGAACUUUUCGUUGUUUCCAAGCUUUGGAACAACUUCCAUGAUCCAAAAAAUGUCCCAAUUGCUCUUAACAAGGUCUUGGAAGAUUUGGGAUUCGAUUACAUUGAUCUUUUCUUGAUUCAUUUCCCAAUUGCUUUCAAGUUUGUUCCAAUUGAAGAAAAAUACCCUCCUGGUUUCUAUUGUGGAGAUGGUGAAAACUUCCAUUACGAAGAUGUCCCACUUUUGGAUACCUGGAAGGCCUUGGAACAAUUAACCAAGGAUGGUAAGGUUAGAUCUAUUGGUAUUUCCAACUUCAAUGGUGGUCUUAUCUAUGAUUUACUUAGAGGAGCUGAAAUUAAACCUGCUGUAUUGCAAAUUGAACAUCACCCAUACUUACAACAACCAAACCUUGUUGAAUUUGUUCAAAGUAAGGGAAUUGCCAUCACUGCCUACUCUUCCUUUGGUCCUCAAUCUUUCUUGGAAUUGAACCAUUCCAAGGCUUUGAAUUGUCCAAAGCUUUUUGAUCAUGCUUCUAUCAAGACUAUUGCUGAUGCUCACAAGAGAAGCCCUGCACAAGUUCUUCUUAGAUGGGCUACUCAAAGAAAUAUUGCAGUCAUUCCAAAGUCUAAUAACCCAGACAGACUCUUGCAAAACUUGGAAGUCAACGAUUUUGACUUGACCAAGGAAGAAAUUGAAGAAAUUUCUAAGCUUGAACAAGGUUUAAGAUUUAACGACCCAUGGACUUGGAACAACAUUCCAAUUUUUGCUUAAAAUAUAUUAUAUAUAUAUUUAUAUAUAUCUUGUUAUAUAGUA